AUCUGAAUGUUGAAGCGCGUAAUGCAAAUGGCGGCGAAUUGACAGUUUCGUUUGCAAAUUCGCUAUGGCUUUACGAUUGAGACGAGGUAACUGGAAAAGAGGAGUUCUCGUAAACCCUUUAGGGGGUCGUGAUAUAGGAAGGCAUACAGGUAAAAAUGUAAAAGAAGGUAAAAAUAUUCGAGUUACUGAUGAUGGAUAUGAAUGUUUUGAUGAUUAUUUUUCUGCAUCAGAGGCCGAAUCAACAUUAGAAAUAACGUUACAUAAAUCGUUAAGAUCAAGUAAGAAUAAUAGAGGUGUUUUAUCAGAUGUUGAAUCAAAUGUUACUACAGCUGUUUCACGAAAAAAGAAGAAAAGGAGUCCAAGUCUUCGACUAGGUAGAGAUAUAGGAUGGCGAACUCUGAGGAAUGUUAGAGAAGGAAAGAAUAUCAGAAAAGAUGCAAGUGGAUUUGAAAUAUUCGAUGACUAUUUCUCUGACACUGAAGCGGAGAGUUCAUUAUCCUCACUAUCAAUUACUACUGGACUCCAAUCAUUGACAUCAAAGACUAUUGAUAAUGACAUCACAAAUGGAGAAAAUGAAGUUGAUGAAAACGGAGAACAGCGACAGGAUGAAGAUGACCUUGAACCUGCUGCAGAACCAAACGUGGAUCAUAAAAAUGGUGAAGAGGGAAUUCAGAAAAGUAUGUUGGAUGGAGAUCCAAAUGAAAAGUGUAUAUCGAUCGUGGAUGAGGAAGAUAAAUCGGUUGAGGAUGAGGAAGAUAUAUCGAUCAAGCAUGAGGAAGAUAAAUUGGUUGAUGAUGAGGAAGAUAAAUCGGUCAAGAAUGACGAAGAAACGAAUGUCGAGGAAACUGAUGAUAAAAAUCAGUCUGUUGUCUCCACAAAGUCCCAAAAAGACGAGACCUUUACCGAACAGGACCUGACUGAUUCCGAUCAACCCGAGACGAAUCAUUCACAAACGGACGAAGAUGUUCAGUUUAUGGAUGAUGAAAGACGAGAUUAUUUGAGGAGGAAAAGUCGAUCAGAAAAAACGAUAAAUGUAUCGUCCGUUUCUUUAAAAGAUGGUGACAAUUACAGUUACAGAGAAUAUCAGACAAUAUUGAAAUCUUCUAGGAAGAGUAAUUUUGUUAAAUUAAGCCAGACACUACCAUCUGUGAUAUCAUAUUUUCCCGAUGGGACCCCAUCUGUUGAUGACGAUCCAGAUAACGUCACUGAUAUUGUUGUAAAAGAUCAAACUCUGUUAUCGGUUGCAGCAGAAGAACAGACGCAUGAAUCUGCUGUGACACGAGAAAUGAUCCAAACACAAUCAGGGAUCAAUACAGGAGGUGAAUUAACGGGUUCAAUUACUAAAGAUGAUGCUGCGAAGAAAAGUUCACCAAUAAAUUCCUUUAAAACUAAGAAACGUUUGUCGUAUUCUGGUGAAAGUUUUAUAGAAUCAACAAAUGAUAAUUUAAACCAGUCAAAAUACAGGAAUAAACAAACAAAUAAAUCUAAUUUAGUUUGUUUAGAAGAAGACGUAAUUUUAGACCAAUCAGCUUUUCAUCAACAAGUAGAAGAUCCACAACAAUCGGAUGACACGGAAAAUCUUUACGUAGUCGAUCAACGCGAGCCCAAUCAGGUCUAUCACCUGGAUGAAUUGCCACGAAAUGGACCACGGAGGGGACGAUCUUUCGACAAGAUCCCAAAAAAAAUUCAACAGUCAAGAAAAAGUGAAUUUAAUGGUACCAAUGUGUCGAUAUCGGUCGUGGAUGAAAUUCAUAAAAAUUUACAAAUACUAAACCAGGCUUCUAGUGCUGAUAGGUCAUUUAACAAGGGAAGGUCGAAGAAUUCUGAUUCCAUUGGGAAUAUUUCAUCGAGAUCUUUGAGAAAAUCUACAAGGAAUUCUUCGAAAAACUCUAUUUCUAUAAAUGGGAAUAAUGAAGAAUUAAGUGAUUCGAAAUUAUCAAACAAUCAUACUGUAAAUAAAUCUAGAAACGUGACUAAAUUGGGAACAUUAAUAUACGAUGAUUUAGAUAGUAGCAGUUCCGAUACAAACAAUAAAAUUGAGCAUUUGAACAAAGCAGUGGAUGAAGUAUCCCAAACAACUUUAGAUCGCUCUCAUGUCAGUAGACUUUCCAAAAGGAAUAGUUCAAAACUAAAUAAAAGUGGUAGUGUAAUUGAUAAGUCGAAGAUCGAUGCUUGUGAACACGCCGUCAAUGGUUUAGAUGAUGUUUCGCAAUUAGAAACAACUAAUAGAUCACUUAGAAGUAGUAAUAGGACCUUAUCUAAAAGCAAUAACUCUAAAUCGAACAAAAGUCUUCACAAUAAUUCAAAAUCAAUUGUAAGCUCAGAAAUGUGUUUAUCCGAGAAUGGCGUAUCUCAAUUUGUGAAUAAAACUUUACAAAAAACACUAGCUGAUAAAGAUACGUCGACAUCUGGACUGCCAAGUGGCAGCUCCACAAAAAAUCGUAAAUCUACGAAAGAAAUUGAAACGAAUACGACACCUAUGGAUCUUACAGAUGUAAAGACAUUAAAUAACGAAACAAGAAAAAGACAGUCAAAUGACGAGAGUGAUUUAGGCGUAUCUGAUAAAAUGAAGAAAUUGUCGAGUGAUAAAGAAAAUAUUAGUAAUAUAUCUGAAGAUUCUGUGAUAACGAGUAAAUCCCAUCGUCGUACGGUUGUUAUUGAUGAUGAUAGUGAUGUCGUACCAUCAGAAUCAGUUUAUUGUCAAUCACAAGAUAUGUCUAUACAAGAACUGGACGGUGGUCAUCUGCCAGCUUCUAUAGCAGAAUCAACUCGCAUAGACGAAAGUUUUUUACGUAAAAUACCUCUAGAUACGCCUAAAAGUGGGGUAUCGAUACGUCAUCGUAGAUUUACUGCUGGUCGUUUAUCAGCUAUCAACAGUUUACAUAGAACAGCUAUAGAAAAUAACCAGAUGUGA